GAUAUCAGUGAUUUGUGACCCCGAGCAAAGACCUUACACUUCGCAGACCGUCAACGUCGAGCCAAUAGUGACAGACAAGUGUUUUUGACGUUCAACAAGCAGCCAUGUCCGUCAGGAACUUAUUAUUACUUUCCAAUUCAACGAUCCAUGGAAGCGGCUAUUUAGAAUGGGCGGCUCAGCACAUCCAGGACUUCCUCAAAAGCAAAGAAGUGAAAAAAGUGUUAUUUGUGCCGUAUGCACUUCGCACUAUGGACAACUACACAGAGACAGCUCGUAAAAAAUUCACAUCAUGGGGCUUUGAACUGGAUGGUAUACAUACGUCUGUAGAUCCAGUAGCUGCUGUGAAUAAUGCCGAAGCUAUUUUCAUCGGUGGAGGGAACACUUUUCAACUUCUAAAAGGACUGUAUGAUAACAAGUUGAUUGAACCAAUUAGGAAAAGGGUUCUACAGGAUGGAGUUCCAUACAUUGGUAGCAGUGCAGGUACAAAUGUGUCGACAGUGAGCAUUAACACUACAAACGACAUGCCUAUUGUCUUCCCACCAAGUUUUGACGCUCUUGCUCUGGUGCCUUUCAAUAUCAAUCCUCAUUAUAUAGAUGCCAACCCGGGUAGUACUCAUAUGGGGGAAACGCGUGAGGAAAGAAUUAACCAGUACCAUGAGAUUCCAGGGACACCUCCCGUACUUGGACUUCGCGAAGGAGCUCUGCUGAAAGUGACAGGAGAUUUGGCACUUCUCAUGGGUCUGCAUCCUGCUCGACUCUUUAGGCCAGGCAAGCAACCAGAGGAAUUUCCUGUUGCCACAGACUUCUCAUUUCUGUUGAAGUAAAUCUUGAAUUAUUGUUUAUUAUAUUUGAAGAAAAUGCAUGUGAUUUCUACCAUUAAUGUCAGUCAGGUUUCUGGUUGUUACAAAACAAGAAAAUCAAGAGCAGCUUUGUCUCCAUGAAUUUUAAUACUUGCAGGGUAACAAGCAAAUAGAAUAUGGAUAAGUACUAUACAGGUAAUUGAAAACGAGUAAAUUAAGGGGUGCUACAAUACCAUAGGUUUGUGGUCUACACAAAAGACACUACUAAUUUGUUGUUUUUAACAUUAGUUCCAUGUAAUUGUUAUCAGUUUGUAAGAAGUUAUAUUUUAUGCUUAAUAAAGAAAAAAGAGCCUUGGUAUAUCUUUUA